AUGAGGAACGCGGCAUUAGGUAAGCAUGGUGGAUGCCUCAUCGCGGCUCCGCCCGUCAGGCAACAAGAUCCAAAAUUGCCGGACAACCUCAUCGUGCACCUACCUCAAUUGAAGCCGCCGAACCAUCACCCACCUCUCGUCCCUUUGCCCAACGACCGAACCUCCGGCCAAUUCCAGCACCGCCUCUCGCCGAUCACGACGACCAUGUUCUCGCGCCAGGCCAUUCGCUCCGUCCGGGCUGCUGCCCCCCAGCGCGCCCUGGCCGUCCGCUCGACGCCCGUCCGGUCCUUCGCCGCCGCCGCUGCCAACGACGGCAAGCCUCCUAUCUCUGUGUUCGGCCUCGACGGCACCUACGCCUCUGCUCUGUACACGGCCGCCGCCAAGUCCUCCAGCCUCGAGCCCACUGCCAAGGCCAUCGCCAGCCUGCACAACCUCAUUCAGAAGGACACCAAGCUCACUGCCAUCCUCAGCGCUCCCACCCUGAGCAACGACGACAAGGCCGCCGUCAUCGCUGAGCUCGCCAAGCAGUCUGGCGCCAGCUCCAACGAGACCGUCAAGAACUUCCUCGACGCCCUCGCCGAGAACAACCGUCUGGGCCUCCUGGGCGGCGUCUGCGAGAAGUUCGACACCAUCGUCGCCGCCGCGAGGGGCGAGGUCGAGAUGAGGGUCACCAGCGCUCAGAACCUCGACAACAAGACCCUCUCGAGGCUCGAGGCUGCCGUCUCCAAGUCUUCUUACGUCGGUGCCGGCAAGAAGCUCAAGGUCACCAACGAGGUCAACCCCGAUAUCGUCGGUGGACUCAUCGUCGAGGUUGGCGACCGCACCAUUGAUCUUUCCGUCUCCUCGCGUAUCGCCAAGAUGAACAAGCUCCUCACCGACAGCCUGUAA